GCGGAGACUGCUGGGAGAACGCGACGCCGUCCCUGCUCGGGCCGUUUGAACUUGGCGGGCCUGAUGCAGGCGGCGGGUCCUUGGCGGGCCGCCUCUCCCGUUCCUUGCACCCGCUACCUCGCCCGCUGCAAGCCCGGCUUCCGGCCCUCCUCGAGCUUUGUCGUCGACCUCAUAGUGGAUUCCCAGGGCCCAGAGCUGGAGGAUGUGGCGUUGACCGAGUGCUUGUUGCCGCCGUCUCUGAGCUGCAGCAACUCCACCCUGUCCCUGUUGUCUCCCCUUGGCCACCGGAGCUUUCCAUUUGGCGAGGACGACAGUGAGGGGGAGGAUGAAGAGGCCCUGGACGAAGAUGCCUGUGAGUCAGAGGCCAAGGUGGAGAGCUUGGAAGGAAUGGAGUUACAGGGCCGCUCCAGCUGUGAAGUUGAGUCCCAGGACAAACAAGAAGAGAAGCAAGUGCUGUUACAGGAAAGCAGUCUGACACCAUGGGAGAUGUGGUUUGUUGGCAAAGAAAAGGAAGAGCGUGGCCGGCUACAACAGAAAGUUCUGGAGGAAUUAAAUCAACAAAUAGAAAAAAGAAAAGAAAUGGAAGAACGUGAAAAAAGAAAGAUAAUUGCUGAAGUAAAGCAUAAGGAAUGGGUUCAGAAGAAAAAUAAGCAGGAAAGGAAAGAAAGAGUACAAAAAAUUAAUAAAGAAAUGGAAGAAAAAGCAGCAAAAAAACGGGAGAAAGAACAUUUGCAAGAAAAAGCAAAAGAAAAAUAUCAAGAAUGGUUGAAGAAAAAAAAAGCUGAAGAAUGUGAGAAGAAGAAAAAAGAAAAGGAAAAAGAAAAGCAGCGGCAAGCAGAAUUACAGGAGAAAAAGGAAAUCGCAGAAAAAAAGUUUAAAGAAUGGUUGGAAAAUGCAAAAAAUAAACCUCGUCCAGCUGCAAAGAGCUAUGGUUACUCCAGUGGAAAGCUUACAGGUUUUUACAGUGGAAAUUCCUACCCAGAACCAACUUUUUAUAACCCAAUUCCGUGGAAGCCAAUUCCUAUGCCCCCUCCUAAAGAAGCGAAGAGUGAACCAGGAAAGAAGAGCAGUAGAGAAGCAGUGAAGAAGAGUAACCGACCUGCCACGAGCCAGCCGCUCACAGCAUCGUCCCUGGCACUUCACAAUGCCAGGAGCAGCCUUUGCCUGGGGUCUUUGUGCCGAGUACAGAGAUAGAGUCUGUGCACACAGUGUACCAGGACCUAGGACCUACCUUAAAACCAGGAUACCUUUUUUUAACACUUCUUAAUCAACAAGACAAUAUUUGAUGUGGUAAUUGACGGGUACCAAAAAUUUAAAUUUGUAUAUGGAAUCCUUAGAGUUAGAGUUUUUACAUUUUGGUUUUUAUAAACCAUUAAGGUUGAUCUAAUGAUUGUUUUAGUUUUUAUUAAAACUCAUUAUAGUAUCAAUAAACCAACAGUUUUUCUUGUGUUCUUUUGUACUCUGUUAUUUGCUUGUGUUAUAUACUUAGAAACAUAAGAUUAAUUUGUUCAAACAGGCACUUCUAAACCUUACUUAAAUUAAAUGGGUUAGAAACCAAGAGAAAUAUACAGUGUUUGGUUUUUAGUACAGUUUUCCAUGAAAACAUUUUAAAGUUUUCCUUUUGCAUUUGUUUAGUGUGUGUGUGUGUGUGUGUCUGUGUGUGUGUCUGUGUGUGUGUGCAUGCUUAUACUAUAACAUGACUGUGGAGAUCAGAGGAUAACUUGGAGUGAGUCAGAUCUCUACUUCUACUGUGUGGAUAUCAAGGAUUGAGCUCAGGUCGUCAGACUUGUGCAGCAAACAUCUUUACCAGACAAGUUGUCCCAUUGGUUUCCUGGAGAGGUACUUUAAAAAACUAACUGAAAUACUGCUCUGCAACACAGAAAUAAGAGUUGGAGUUGUUAAGACAAAAUUUUAAAAUACUGAUUUGUGUUGUAGAUCUGAGGCUGAUGUCUUUAUAAUGUUGAGACACUGAUAAUAUUUUGUUAUACUUUAUAAAAUCCUUUUUAUACACUUAUAAUUGGAUUGCUGGCUUUGAAAUUAGGGUCAUCAUUAGAUCAUUUGUAAUACUUGCUACCUUAAAUGUUAAAUAAAACUUGGAACAUUCUGA